UUUAGGUACACAACAGAAGUCCCCAGCGCAAAGUGUUACUUUCAUAGCAAACCACAGAAAGAUGAGCAUAACAACGAACAACUAUAAGGUAACAUGAUCGUUGCUCAACUCUACUAUUGCUUUUCUAUUCUUCGUGUUGUCAGAAACCAUUUUACCAUUCGCUUCCCAUUUCUCUCUACGUCCUUUUUCGUCACUGUUUUCAAUUUUUUUCCGGGUUUGCGAAAAGAAGAACGAGCAAGAUCAAGAUUAUAUGUUAGAUGAUGAGUUCGACUCUACGUCAUCUCAGUUUGAACAAAAUGAUCAUGUCAUUUCAAUGGACAACCCUAUAUCAGAAGACAAUAUAGGUUACAAAAUGUUGCAGAAAAUGGGAUGGAAAGCAGGGAAAGGGCUUGGUUGCCAAGAGCAAGGCAGAAUUGAUCCUAUUCGAAUCAACUUUAAGGAUAAUUCACUAGGUAUCGGUAAAGAAGAAGAAUAUGUUGCUACUCUUGAAACCACCGCAUCCAAAAGAAAAGCAUUGGACAGUGAGAAGCAAAUGGAAGAAACAGAAAUUCAGCGUAUUGAGCGGGAACGUAAAGCUGAAAAGAUACAGGCUAUUGCAGAAGAACUAAAACAAGUCAAAAGAGCUUUUUAUUGUGAAUUAUGUGAUAAGCAAUACAAGAAAAUCAGUGAGUUUGAGCAGCAUCUUCAAAGCUACGAUCAUCAUCAUAAAAAGAGAUUUAAAGAGAUGAAGGAAAGCUCAAGGAAUUCGAGUCUAGCACAGUCUGAGCGAGAGAAACGACAAGCAAGGGAAAAGAAGCGCGAAGAAAAAGAGUUAAAGCGGCUACAAGCUGCUAUACAGUCAAGGAUGGGCAAACAGACUCAUGUUACUGAAAACAGUGAGAAAACACCUUCAACAUCAAUACCAAGUACUUUAGGAAGUACGAAUAUUAAUAAUAGUGGAGGAGGAGGAGGAGGAGGCUGGUCUCCAGUGCCAACAACGUCGAAUACAGACAGCGGUACGAGCGUCGGUACUGGUGGUGAUGCUAGUGUAAGGGUUAAUCAACAACCUUUAUCAAGUGGGUCAAAUGUUUCCAACUUAUCGAGCAGUACAACUGUUAAUAAAGGAGGGUGGUCCACAGUAUCCAACAUAUCUGGAAAUAGCAGUUCAACGAGCAAUGAACCAAUACCAUCUUCAUCCGCCGCAGGUACUCCUAAUGUUACUGUGAAGGAUACUUCUAAUGCUCCCUCCUCGUCCAGUAAAAGCACAAAUACAACUUUGAAGCCGAACAAGUUAUCUUUUGGAUUGAAAAAGAAUACUAGUUUCCAGUUCGGUUUAAAAAAGAAAUAAAUAAAAGUUAGAAAGCAUGUCCAAUAUGUGUGCGUGUGUAUAGUGAAG